UUAAACUCGAAAAAAUCCAACCUUAUGCGUCGUCCCCAUUGAAGCGAGGGCUUCAAGAGAUACGUGGGGUCAAGUCCAAGGAAUUUGUGAUUGUGUUGGUAGUUUGUGCGCACGAGUAGAAUGCGGACCUAUUAGUUUCCCUGCCUGAACCAUUGAUAGUGUAGCACGACUGCACAAGCAACAUGCUCCCGACGUUGAGGGUCAGUAGUCGACUGACUCAUGACUUCUUGAUUAAAUUUGGUGGCCAUCACAACUUCGCUCUGAGCAUGAAAACCCUUGCUUAAAUGACCCAUCAUGACUCAUAUAGUCAUAUUCAUGACAACGAGAAGGAAAUUAAGACAGCUGGAGAAACCGAAGAAGAGCGAAAUGUAGAAAAGGAGGACAGUAGUUUGAAGAGUGAGAUGAAGGUCAAUUCGUCGGGGAUUAUGAGCAGCGAAGCUUUUGAUGCGCUGCCGAUAUCACAACCCUCCAUGGAUGCCGUCAUAGAUAUGAAAUUUGAGUACAUGACUCAGAUUCAAGCUAGAUCAAUUCCACCACUAUUGGAAGGGAAAGAUGUUCUAGGAGCUGCAAGGACAGGUUCUGGAAAAACGCUUGCCUUUUUGGUUCCAGCUAUUGAAUUGUUGUUCAACAUACGUUUUACACCUCGAAAUGGGACUGGUGUUAUUAUCAUUUGUCCAACCAGGGAGUUGGCUAUACAGACACAUGCUGUAGCUAAGGACCUUCUCAAGUAUCACUCACAGACACUGGGAUUGGGGAUUGGGGGUGCAGCGCGAAGAGGAGAAGCAGAGCGGAUUGUCAAGGGAGUUAACCUUUUGGUAGCAACACCUGGUCGACUUCUUGACCAUCUCCAAAAUACAAAGGGCUUUAUAUAUAAAAAUCUGAAGUGCCUUGUGAUUGAUGAAGCUGAUAGGAUUCUGGAAGCUAAUUUCGAAGAAGAAAUGAAGCAAAUUAUUAAAAUUUUACCCAAGGAGAGGCAAACAGCUCUUUUCUCAGCUACACAAACAAAGAAGGUUGAGGACCUUGCACGGAUAUCAUUUCAGACAAAGCCAGUUUAUAUUGAUGUGGAUGAUGGAAGGAAGAGGGUCACCAAUGAAGGACUGCAGCAAGGUUAUUGUGUUGUCCCUUGUGCCAAGAGAUUUAAUCUUCUCUAUUCCUUCUUGAAGAAAAAUCUGACAAAGGAAGUCAUGGUUUUCUUCUCAUCUUGCAAUUCUGUCAAGUUCCAUUCAGAACUUCUUAGAUACAUUCAGAUUGAUUGCCAAGAUAUCCAUGGAAAGCAAAAACAGCAGAAAAGAACGUCUACGUUUUUUGAUUUCUGCAAAGCUGAAAAGGGUAUCUUAUUGUGUACGGAUCUCGCUGCACGUGGGAUUGAUAUUCCUGCAGUGGAAUAUAUCCAUAGAGUUGGUCGAACAGCUCGUGGUGCAGGUGCAAAAGGGAAUGCUUUGCUUUUCUUGAUUCCAGAAGAGCUUAGUUUUCUAAAAUACCUCAAGGCUGUAAAAGUGCCACUCAAAGAGUAUGAGUAUGAUGAGAAGAAAAUAGUGAAUGCGCAAUCUAAGUUGAUAAACAUAAUAUCUGAAAACUAUCAUUUGAACAAGUCAGCCAAAGACGCCUACAGAUCUUACAUUCUUGCGUACAAUUCACACUCUAUGAAGGACAUCUUUAAUGUUCACAGGCUUGAUCUAGAGAGCAAGGAAGAGCACAGCUGUGGGUGUUGUGCUCUUAUGCCUUUUGCAUUUAUUCGUAGAAUUAACCAUAUGUUCUUUCAUCAAAGUGAAUGA